AUGAUAAUGAGCUCAACAGAAGGGUGUGAAAUUGGUUCGGUGCCCUUGCCUGAUAUUUCAGGGCUAAUGUCGACUAUAACGAGUUUCAGUCAAAAAUACGGUGAAUUGCAUCCUUAUAUAGCUUUAUUCCUUUGUAUCACAGGAAUAAUAUUGAAUCUAAUAACAGUAAUAGUGUUAAGUCGACGUACGAUGUUAUCACCAGUAAAUAUAUUAUUAUGUUCAAUAGCAAUAUGUGACGGUAUUGUUAUGAUGUCGUACUUAAUAUUUGUGGCGCAUUUCUUAAUAAAAGCAGCGAGUCGCUGUGAGUCCAGCGAUUACAAUUAUCACUGGGCUGUAUUUACUUUAUUUCAUGCUCAUGCUUCGGUUAUUUUUCAUUCAACAAGUAUAUGGCUCACUGUAUCGUUGGCACAAAUUCGUGUUUUAAUGAUACGGCGCGUGACAGUGACUAAUGGCUCUAUUAUAACAAUUUAUUCAACGAUUUUGCUAAGCUUUAUUACAUGUAUUGUCAUGACAUUUGUUAAUGUGCCAAAUUUUCUCACAUUUCAGAUCGUUGAAACACCAUCAGUGGAUUUUUUACCAUGUUUAAUUCCACAAGAUGAAGGAAGUUAUAAUUCAUCAGGCAUUGAGAAUUCUUUAAUUAAUGCGUCAACACUCUCUAAUGCUGAUCGAUACAUUUAUGUUGUUCUGGCUACUGGAAAUGACUGUAUGAAACUGAAACUCGCAUUUUGGUCAAAUGGAAUGCUGUGCAAGGUAGUACCAUGUUUUUUAUUAACUAUAUCAAUCAUCAUUUUGCUGAAAAUUAUUGCUGAAGUUGCACAUCGAAGAAAGAUACUUGCGCAGGUACUUAAAAAAAAGAUGCCAAAAGAUCAUAUGACUCCAAUGUUGGUGGCUGUUUUAUCAAUUUUCCUCAUUGCUGAAUUGCCUCAAGGUAUAAUGCUUGUUCUAACGGGUAUUUAUUCUAAAGACUCUUUUCAUCAAAAGAUAUAUUUGCCCUUGGGCGAUUUUAUGGAUCUCUUAUCCUUAAUUAAUUCGGCUGUAAAUUUUCUUAUCUAUUGCGUGAUGAGCAAAAAAUUUCGAGUCGAUCGCUGA